GUCACCCCUCCCCUCCUCCACCACAAGCUAAACUGAAUUAAUAUUAUAUACAUCUGAGAGUGAAUAACUUUAAAUAUAUCGCUUAGUUUCAUCCGCUGUCUCCCACAGCUGUUGUUGCUGUCCGGCCCGUGUGUGUGCGCUGAUAUUCAGGCCUGUCGCUGUUGUCUUCAACCUCCCGGCCUGUGGCUGUGGGAUCAGGAUUUCAGUUUAGGAUGGAUCCAGAAUAUGAACAUCGCCUCCUCCGCCAAAUCAACAUUCAAAAUGACAACUUUAGCCCUGUUAAACUGACACAGAGUCAGCACGGUCGGACACCCACCUGCUCCCCGUUAUCGUCACCCAGUAAACUUGGAGACAGAUUCAUACCGACCAGAGCGGGAGCGAACUGGAAUAUCAACUUCCACAGAAUAAAUGAAAAUGAGAAGUCACCAAGUCAGAACAGAAAAACAAAGGAUGCCUCUACUGAUAAUAUCAAAGCAGAUGGGCUGGCCUACUCUGCUUUGCUGAAAAAUGAGCUGCUGGGAGCAGGAAUAGAAAAGAUCCAAGACCCCCAGACAGAAGACCGGCGUCUACAGCCAUCAACCCCAGAAAAGAGAAGUCUCUUCACUUAUUCACUAAAUACCAAAGGGUCGUCACCAGACAAUGGUACUAACAUCUCCCCGUACUCUCUAUCACCUGUCAGCAACAAAAGUCAGAAAUUGCUGCGUUCACCAAGAAAGCCAACUCGCAAGAUCUCAAAGAUACCUUUUAAAGUCCUGGAUGCUCCAGAGCUACAGGAUGACUUUUACCUGAACUUGGUGGACUGGUCGUCUCUCAACGUGCUCAGUGUCGGGCUGGGUACAUGUGUUUACCUGUGGAGUGCCUGUACCAGCCAGGUAACAAGGCUGUGUGAUUUAUCAGUGGAAGGAGACUCAGUCACGUCAGUCGGGUGGUCUGAAAGGGGUAACCUGGUGGCAGUGGGGACUCACAAAGGCUAUGUUCAGAUCUGGGACGCUGGUGCUGGGAAGAAACUCUUUGCCCUGGAAGGACACACAGCUAGAGUUGGAGCGUUGGCAUGGAAUGCUGACCAGUUGUCAUCGGGAAGCCGCGAUCGUAUGAUUCUUCAAAGAGAUGUGCGGACCCCUCCACUUCAGUCAGAGAGACGGCUGCAGGGUCACAGACAGGAAGUGUGUGGCUUAAAGUGGAGCACUGACCAUCAGUUGCUCGCUUCUGGUGGCAAUGACAACAAGCUGCUGGUUUGGAACCACUCCUCGCUGAGCCCAGUACAAACUUACACGGAUCACCUGGCUGCAGUGAAAGCCAUCGCCUGGUCCCCCCACCAGCACGGCCUGCUGGCCUCGGGGGGCGGCACUGCCGACCGCUGUAUCCGAUUUUGGAACACCCUCACCUCACAGCCGCUGCAGUGUAUGGACACCGGCUCUCAGGUCUGCAACCUGGCCUGGUCCAAACAUGCUAAUGAGCUGGUGAGCACUCACGGCUACUCUCAGAACCAGAUCUUGGUGUGGAAAUAUCCCGCUCUCACUCAGGUUGCCAAACUCACAGGACACUCUUACAGAGUGCUCUACCUGGCCAUGUCCCCGGAUGGUGAGGCAAUAGUAACAGGAGCUGGAGAUGAGACCCUACGCUUCUGGAACGUAUUCAGUAAAACAAGAUCAACAAAGGAAUCUGUAUCAGUUUUAAAUCUCUUCACCAGAAUACGAUAACUUAAAACAAAUAUUAAAACUCUAAAACUCUAAUUUGAGUGGAAUCUGGUGUCACCACUGGGUAGCUCAUCAACAUGGUGCUAAGGACACACAGUACAAGCUAAGGCAUCUUGUGACAUUUUUCACAGAGCAAAUGGCAGUGACAGCAACUGAGCAAGUUUUUUCAUGCUAACAAUUGUUUGGGGAAUUCUUUUUGACUUUUUAAAAGAAAUGUAUAAGUGGAGUGAAGAAAUCAUAGGCCUUAAAAAAAUAUUGUGACACAAUUUUCUUUGUUGUGUAAUCUGAAAUGUGGGGAGAGCAUUUUUAAUUUUUGUUUAACUCAGGUCUUAUUUAUUUAAUGCUGCAGUGGCCUCAGUGGAGAAAAAUGCCAUCACAUAUUAUGACUAAAACAUAGAAACUGAACAUAAUCACCUACUAAGGCCUUUAUAGUACAGUGCGUCAUGUGAACCUUAGAGUACUAAGGUUGAGAGUGGUUGGCUGAAAUAAUGCAGUUUGGCUCCUGUGGACAGAAAGUCUAAUGCUGUGCAUCUAGACAUAUACUACAUGGUGGAUUCUUUGUAGUAAAGGAAGAAAUAAAAGAUGGAACUGAAGAACCGG